UUGCAUAUACACCCUUGGGGAGCAGAAGGGGGUUGCAUGUGGAUGUAUGCUCCUGGCCCAAGAGCUGCCGUAGAAACUCGCAGAGAUAUUUGUGUGAAUUUCCUUUUUCUUUCUUUCUUUUUUUUUUUUUUUUUGGUUGUCUUGUUCCUCUCUCCUGAUUUACUGCAUGUGUUCACGUGGCCUUGGAAAGGGGCUUCUCAAGCUGUUUUGCUUCCAAAAGGAAAAGAAGCUGGCAGGCGUUCAUAUUUCAGUUCUCGAGUUAUGUAGGUUAAAGUCUCCCAGUGGGAAAACGGAAGAUAUGAGAGAGCAGAUUGCUGGUGGUGAUACUCACUAGAAGGAAAAUGGAAAAAAGGAGCACGUAAUUCUAGAGCUACAUCCAGGCAAAUAUGAGGUUUGAGAGGUGAGCAAUGUGAUAGAAAAGUGCUGCUAGCACAUGAAUUUCCUGCAGAACCUCCUUUUCCACCAGCACCAACAUGCAGAGCAACUACUCCCUGGUCGUCACCACCAGAGAAACUCUCCAAGUCCUCUAUACAGCACUGACAAACUCAUCAGCUGCAUUGCGCUCCUCCGCUCCCUGCCCACUUGCCUCUUCAGAUUAUCAGUUUUCACUAAUUCCUGCACUUUUCUCUGUGGUUUUUGUUCUGGGGUUGGUUGGCAACAGUGUGGUGGUUGUGGUGCUUUGUCGCCACAGUGGCCCCAAAACAGUUGCUAAUAUCUACAUUUUCAACCUGGCCAUGGCAGAUCUGCUGUGCCUUGCCACCCUUCCCUUCUGGGCUACCUACUACGCACAGGGGUAUAACUGGUUCUUCGGGUCUCUCAUGUGCAAAAUCUCCAGUUCUGUCCUGUGCUUGAACAUGUUUGCGAGUAUAUUUUUCAUUACAUGCAUGAGCAUGGACCGGUACCAUGCUAUUGUCUAUCCUAUUCGCUCUCAAAGAAGAACUCCACAACAAGCUUAUUUUAUAGCAUUGCUUGUGUGGGGCCUUGCCUGUUUGUCCUCCCUCCCAACUUUUUAUUUCCGUGACACUCACUACAUUGAAAGUUUGGGGGUCAAUGCUUGCAUUAUGGCCUUUCCUCAUGAAAAUUAUGAAAAAUGGUCUGUGGCAACAGCCUUCCUGAAAAAUGCACUCGGCUUCUUCAUCCCCUUGACAGUGAUCACCACGUGCUACAUCUGGAUCAGGAAGCACUUGCUCAAAGCACAGGAGUUUGGGAAAACCAAGCAGAAGAGGGACAAAGUCCUAAAGCUGGUGGCUGCUGUUGUUGUGGCCUUCUUAAUUUCCUGGCUCCCAUUCCACAUUUUAACAUUUUUGGAUGCGUUGGCUCAUAUGAACAUCAUUAACAACUGUGACGUGACAGAGAGCAUCGACACAGCGCUGCCAUUUGGGAUCUGCAUGGCAUUCACCAACAGCUGCAUCAACCCUUUGCUGUACUGCUUUAUUGGGAACCAGUUCCAGGAGAAGCUCCAUCGCUUGUUUAAGCGACGAGUUUAUCAGUUCAACAGCCAUCAGGAGAGCUCUUCUUUGAGGAAAGGGAGCUGCCUCAGAGAUGCCGAGACCCCCAUGGGCAGGGAAGAGGGGCCUGAGUCCUUGCUGUAGGCACUGGAGCAUCAUGUGGGGUGAUGUCAGUAGAGCUGGCUGUGCCUGCAGUGGUGAUGCUCCUCUCUCACGUUCCCUUCAUUUUGUGCCCAUUCAUUCACCAGCUGUUUAAAGGAGAAUCUGUUUUUCUCAUACAUGGGGAUUUAUUCUUCCUUCCCUUCUGCAAUGAGCACGCAAUGAGUUUUACAUAGAAGGAAGACUCUGGCAAAAAAUAUAUUGAUGGCAUUUUAAAUACCAGCUUGUGUGUGGCUGAGAUCAGGCGAGUGUUAAGUGUAACACAAAAAGACAAAAUAUACCAAAGGACCAUUGCACAAAAACUACAGUUGUGUAGGUGCUGAGUAUUAUAUCCUAAGCUGAUUUUCUAAAAGAGAUUCUCACUAGAGAAUGUGUAAAUAAAUCAGUGCAGGCACUUCUGUACCUAUCUGUAAGAAAAUAUUUUGACCCUUAUUUUAUAUAUAUAUAUAAUUUUUGUUAAAUACAUGGCUAGAGAUGUCAUGUGUAAAACGCAUCAAAUAUACCUCCUGCUUGCUCAGGCCUGGUGUCCUGAGAACAGGUGGAGACACAGUUCUGCAAACUGCUGGAGGCAGGAGAGCGUUUCUGAGGGAAAGUACAACCACAUGCAGGCUUUUAUACCUUUCUCAUAGCAGGUAACAGGUUCGCAGGCCAGAUGGUCCUUUGUUUUGAUUCAGUGUGGUCACUUUUGACAGUAAUGUCGCAGGAACCGAACAUGCUAUGUCCCACUGCUGUGUGGGCAUGCUGAGCUCCAUGCACUGCCCAGCAGCCUUCGGGAAAGGACUUGUCGAUUGUCUAGACUUUUCCCAUUUAAAUGUCAAUUAUUACUGUAAUUUUGGGGUACUGUGUACAGAAAACCUAAAUGACUCCAUCUUGAUACCCAGAAGCAAAACCGUGGUGUGACUCCUAAGACUUACCCACAUCUCAGUAGGGGAGUCUACUCAUUUGUAAAUAAAAAAAAGAGGGAAAAAAAGAAAUACAUGGCAAAUACUGAUUCUACUUUGAGGUUGAUUUUGCAGAUUAUUUGAAAUUUUCUUUUGACG